AUGACGGAAUUGAAUGAAGAAGCACAAAAUUCUGGGUCCAGUUUGUCGAAUGCUGCCGUAACGACAGAUGUUCGGGAUGGGGUUUCUGAGAAACAAGAUCCAGAAGCAAUUGAGGAUGUACCCUUCACGAUCAAGAUUAUUCCGUCACAUUCUGAACCAUUCGAAUUACAGGUUAGCUCGUUUGAGCUAGUUCAGGAAAUCCACCGCGUCCUUAUGGACCGUGAAGAAACCUGCAGCUGCACCUGCUUCUCACUUGUGCUUAAUGGUCAAACACUAGAUAUGUUUGCGGAACUGAAGUCAGUUGAGGGCCUAAGCGAUGGUGCCGAGAUUAGAGUAGUUGAAGGUAACCGGCCUUUGGUUCUCAAAUGCUGUUUAGAACGUUACAGCGUGCGUGAAGCCAAGAAUCACGUUCGACACGUGCAUGAUCUUCUGUACUCUGUUGAGCCUUGUGAUGCCUACGCAGGUCGUGAACAGAUGUCGCUCACAUUCGUGAACACAAUUACCGGAGAUCUCGAUCGGAAGAGUGUCCAGUCCCGCAUAGAUUCCCGUAUGGAAUUCACUCCUCCAGAGCAUAUUCUUCCCGGGUUUUGUAAUAAUGGACCCCAUGAUCUUCCGCUGUGUCCAUUACAUCCCCUUGAGCAUGAAGGCAAACCUAUACGAUGCGUACGUCAACUCAACUAUAGCAAUUGGAAUCCGCCACCUCCUCCCCGACGGCUUCUUGGAGAUCUGAUAUACAUUUUCUUCCAUACACUAGAGGACAAGCGUUACCACAUUACGGCAUGUCCUAGAGGCUUUUUUGUCAAUAUGUCAACGGAAAAUGAAUUCAAUCCCCACCCGACACCACAUGCUUAUGUGGCUCAUUCCCUAGUAGACCUUCUUAAGCAACUCAGUCCUGGUUUUAAACGGAACUUUGAGGCCUUGUUGAAACGCCGGGCGUCCAAGCAUCCUUUUGAGCGUGUUCCGAGCCCGUAUCAGGUUCACAGCUGGUUGGCACCAUCAUUCGAGCAUACUCCGGAUUCAGUUCGAAAGGAAGAGGCGUUCUCUUCCCGUAUGGCCUGUGAGGAGAAUCUUCCUGGCCAGACACGAGAUUGGAACGAGGAGUUACAGGUGACACACGAACUUCCUCAGGAGCGGCUUACUGAGCGAUUACUGCGGGAUCGGGCAAUAUUUAAAUCGAACAGCGACUUCGUGGCCGCUGCAACUCGCGCCGCCAUGAGUGUCGUAAAUGGUGAUAUAAUGGCUAUCAACCCGGGAGAAACGCGCAAACAACAAAUGUUCAUUUGGAAUAACAUGUUUUUCUCCCUUGGCUUUGACGUCAAAGACCAUUACAAACAUUUCGGAGGGGAACACGCUGCUUACGUGGCUACCUCGAGCGAUUUGAGUGGCGUUCGAACCUACUCCAUGCUGGACCAGGCCGGAUUGCAUACUUUGGGCACUGCGAUUAUUGACUAUCGAGGCUUUCGUGUCACGGCACAGACUAUUAUUCCGGGAAUAUUGGAAAAGGAGCAAGAACAGUUGGUCGUGUAUGGUUCGAUCGAUUUUGGGAAAACCGUGCUUACCGAUAAGCGAUAUGAAGAUUUGCUGUCCAAGACAGCAAAACAACUGAAAAUUCGACCACAUAAAGUUGUAAAUCAGAACGGAGAUGUUGUCCAACUUUACUCGUCAAUCGAUUGUAAGGGGAUCGUCGGCAAUGAUAGACGAACUUAUAUUCUCGAUUUACUUCGCACCUUUCCACCGGAUCUCAACUAUUUCGGUUCUUGUCCAACGGAACUUCGUCCCGAGUUACCUGCUUCCCUCACCGCGCUUGGCUACCCGUAUAAUCACCGACAUUUACUGUCUACUUUGCGCCAAGAGCUAAUUGAGGCUUUCUUUGAAUUUCGGCAUGAAACAUUCCUACGCCUCGCGGCAUUUGAGAUACAAAAAAUUAAGGCCGAAAAGGCCAAAGUUCUGCCGUCGAUGACCAAUGGCACCAAGGAAUCUGAAGAAGAAAAUUUGGCAGCUGACAGUCCGGUUUGCCCCCCGGUACAUUUUGUCAGGGAAGAUUCUCCCAAAAUAGAUCCUCAGGCCACCGGUGACCCGUCACAUUCCGUGGCUUCCGUCGUAACCGCCAAAAAGCCCACUUCAAGUGGAACCCAGUCAGACGAUUUGAUCCUUAUGAAAAAGCUUUUGGACACCGGUUCAAAUGGUGAAUUAGAGGACUUGACACAGCAAGCAAUCCAGAGGGCAGCUAAAGCAGUCGGAUCGGCGUGUCCUGAUAGGUUUGAACUGGCGUUUAAUCCAGACGUUUGCCAACAAUUUGUCACCUUUUGUGAUUCUGAGCUCGAGGCAUUGGAGGCUGACAAAGCCUUGAUAUGUGAUGCCUGUGACUUCCUUGUCAACAAACAGAUCCCCGGUUUUGUGAAGGACUGCCUUAACUUGUAUGUAACUCCACAGGACAGUCGAGCGUUGGUGGAGAUAUUACAUCAGAGGGGUAUCAACGUGAGGUACCUGAAUCGUCUGAUUGAGUUAGUUGAGCGGAAACCAUCGCUUGGUUACCUCAAGCGUCUUUGUGUAAUCGAGGUUUUGAUCCGUUCCGCAAAACAUAUCUUCAAAAAUUACAUCCAAGAAGUGGAUCCUAUGCUUCUUUCGGUCGGCGUCGCGCACUUUCUCAACUGCUUCCUCACCAGCUGUCCGAAUCUCACACCACUAGCUGGGAUCGAUGAGCAAGUUUUACGACUCAGCCGAAAUAAAAAAGGAAAAAAGAAACCGAAGAAUCUUCAAGAAAUGGCUUGGGCAAACGAAACUUCGGCAUCACUUUGGGCAGAGUUAGUAAAGGAGGCAAAGGAGUAUUAUCACUACAACAUCAACGCGGCCGAUAUCGAUGCCUUCUGUACCCACUACGAGAUUCAUCGUGUGCAGCUUCUCCGAGCUUUCUGUCCUACUGUCGGCAUUCAACUACUGCUCCGAGACUAUCCGCUAACUCCUUCGAAUGGGGCAAAGCACCACACCAAACCUGUGUUCGUCACUGAGGACAUCCUUUCUCUAUAUCCGAUUGUAAAACAUUUGCACCCACAUGCUACUGACGCCUAUCAUUAUUUCACUACCGGACAAGCUCGUAUUUCCACCGGUCACCUUCAAGAAGGUUUUGAAUUGAUAAACGAGGCCCUGAGCCUGCUCAAUAGUGUGUAUGGCCCUUUGCAUCCUGAUAUUGGAGCUUGCAAUCGCCUUCUUGCUCGUCUUUCCUAUGUAAUGGGAGAACAUCAAGCAGCCCUACUUUUCCAACACCGCGCUACCAUGGUUAGCGAACGCGUUCAUGGGAUCGACAAUCCUAAUACUACAACUGAAUAUGUUCAUUUUGCACUGUACUCAUUUGCUUGCGGACAUAUUGGACCUGCAUUGCAGCUGCUAUAUCGUGCGCGGUAUAUCGCUCUAAUGUGUCAUGGGGAGAUUCACCCGGAAAUGAUACAAAUAGACACCAAUAUUGGCCUCAUGCUGCAAAUGAUCGGUGAACUUGAUUUGGCACUAGUUUUUCUUGAGAAUGCGCUUUCGCUCAGCCGAACAUUCUAUGGAGAGAAGAAUUUGAAAGAGGCAUUCACAUGUCACCUGAUCAGCCGAGCCUAUACCUAUCGAGGCGAUUUUCGCGCGGCUUUGGACUAUGAAAAAAGACGGUUCGCCAUCUACAAGGAUCGCCUUGGACCAGAUAAUGAUUACACUCGUGACAGCGAUGAAUGCCUACGACAUCUUACUCAACAGGCAGUUACACGGGCGCGGAGAGUCGCGGAAUUGGCUGCAUCCAGUGUUCCAAAACUCACUAGCACAGGUGAUCCCAAGACCCUUGGUCCGCAAAUCACAGAUACUGAUGGAAUCAGUGGCAUAUCGCCCGCGUAUCCGCUCCGAACUCUCAUGCCCACCACACUUUCGUCGUAUGGUGUAACCCUACCUGUGCCUACAGUCACCACCACUUUGGAGACUCUAAAUCGCGUUAAUGGAAUUCUGGUACUCCAGCUUAGGACCCAAGAAACGGAACAGACAACCGAGAGUCAGAGUACUGAAGAUACCCGUGCUAGGAUCAAACUCGCAGCAGACUGUGAACUGAUAUCAGAGGAAAAGCUCAGUGGACAAUGUUUGGAUGUUGUCGACUCCGAUAAUGUGCUACCCGACGUCACCGCUGCGCUUUCAGUGGCCUAGAACACUUUGCGUUUGCCUUCUUUGAGCUGUUCGGAGGACUGUGGGUUUCUAGGCGUUAUUUUGCAAGUGGUUACAAAACCUUGUGCCGUUUCUCUACUUUCUGUGACAGACUGCCACCAUGUGAUGUAAACAACGUUUGUAUACGAGCCUAUCCUGCUCCUUCGUCGUUUUCUAUCAGCGCUCUCAACAACCUUUUCACCUGUACCAUAGUUACCUAGUCUCACCGCCUUUCCCUGGCCUCUUACUGCUGCUAGGGGCCUAAUUGUUCUACUAUUUUGAAAUCGACCUAUAUUUUCACCGUGUAGUCUUAGAUUAUAGAUAGCCUAGUUUAGCUAUGCUCAGGAGAGUUAGAUGCAUUUCUGUGCGAUUGUUUUAAUUUAUAUGAACUACCAUCACAUCGUGGUCUGACCAUUCUUUGUAGUCCGGUGCCACUGUGUGCUACUCAUAUACUGCCUUUGGCGCAACCAGUUCUUUUGUCAAGCACGAACUAACAAUAUUAUUG